AUGGAAGCAAAUCAAACAAUGGAGCCAUUAGCUAUGGAGCUAUGGAGAUUUGUCGAAUUUGUGGGCGACGAAAAGUUGGCUGUUGGCAGAAAGAUUGGGAUUUGGGAAUAUGGGAAAUGGGAAAUUCUUAACAAACAAGUUGGUGCUCCACCGGUUAAGUGGAACACCACCUUAGCAGACUUCGCUGAAUCCUAUGCCACCAAGAGGUCUGCUGACUGUGCGGCGCAGCACUCACAAGGGUCAUAUGGAGAAAACAUCGCAAUGGCUUCUGCCGAAUUGUCUCCGGCGGAUUCCGUGAAGUUGUGGAUGGAUGAGAAGAAAUACUAUGACCAGGCGUCGAAUUCUUGCACUGGCGGAGAGUGCCACCAUUAUACGCAGGUGGUUUGGCGUGACACCACGAGUAUUGGCUGUGCUAGGGCUACGUGCAAAACUGGUUGGAUGUUUGUCACCUGCAACUAUUACCCUCCAGGCAACUAUGUGGGCGAACGUCCAUAUUAA